UAACAUGAUAGUACUUUUUUGAAUUUCAAUAAUAAAGAGGCAUUCAAUGUAUCUGUGAGAUCUUUUAACAGAAUAAGAUUCAUACAUUGUGGCUACUUGGCAUAGUUGUUACCUAAAUCAAAAAUGUGAUUAUUUUCAGAAGGCCCCUUUACACUUACUACAGUGUGUUUGUUGACAACCAUGCAGAUUGUGGGAAUAGCAAUAUCUUACAAGAUUUCUCAUAUCAUAAGCUGAGGGCUGCUUAUGGAUUUCCUAUCUAAAUUUGCUUGAUAUAGACUAUACAGAAGGGUUUUCCUGUCCAGAUUGUCCAGGAGAUGGUGGUCCUGAAAUUGUCAUUUGUGACGGGACCUCACUUUCUUUUCAAAGAAGAAUGUGGACUUUCAAAAAUUCGGAAUUGCCCAAAGACAGUGGCCCAAAAGGGAAAUCUAACUUUAAUGAUCGCAUAUUCUUACCAGAUGUAAGAACAAGACAUCUUCUCCAUAGGUAUGCUGUAGGAGGUGAAGUUGUGCGGGGCAAAAAAGCUAAAAUUCUAAGUAAUCCAGAAAAACAAGAAUUGUUUCAUCUUUUGAAGGAAUUCCCAUCAUUGGUGCUCUUUCUUAAAUCUGUGGAUGAUGGAAGUUUAAGGCUGCCACCAAAAUUCCGAACUUUUGUAACAUCAUUAUCUUCAUCUUCACCAGUAUGUGCAUAUAUCCACCCCAAUGAAACCGUGUACUCACUUAUGAAAGAUUUAAUAUCUGGGUAUAAGAUAAAAGAAGAUUUGACAAAAUGGCAGUUAUUACACCAACAUAUUCCAAUAAUUUAUGAGAUAAUGGAACAGUGCAGCACGUCCCACAUUCCAGAAGAAAUGAUGCCACUACUUCACGAAUUGCUGGAAAUUUCAUUGUAUCCAUUUGAAAAUCUUUCCAAGGAUAAUUAUGCUGACACACAGAUGCAGGAGAAUGAAAUGUCAUUUUUUCCAUCUUUGCGCACAUGUAGAGCCCGAGGCAUUUACUCUCUGGAUUCCUCUAGAUCGAAACCUGCAUGCGGGAAAAGAUACAAAGGCCAUCCAUCUUUGCUACCUGGAGUAUUCACUCUAUUUUGCCCCCAUGGUGUAUGUUAUGGUUUCCAGGUGAUGCAAAGCAAUGAAUCCCCUGAUGUACCUUUUACAAUAUUUAAAACCAGAUUUAAGAAAGCCCCGAAGAUUGUCAUAUAUGACAAUGCUUGUGCACUGCAUUCAUAUUGUAUCAGUAGAGACCCUUUGUUUUUUAAAGAUACAAUUUUCCUUGUCGAUAGGCUACAUUGGGAUAACCAUAGUGGAUGCAGUUACGGAUAUUGUUUGGACUUGUACCCACAACUUAAUUACCUUAACAGCCAAACAAAUGAACAGGCAAAUGCUGGGCUCAAACGUAUUAAAGAUCAGUUAUCAUAUAUGACAGCAGACAAUUUCAUGAAGCAUUGCUCACUCUAUUUAUGGAAUAAAAAUAAUAAAAAGAUUAAUUCAUAAUAAUAAGUCCAAAUAAAACUAUUUCUUAGGUUCUUUGGAUUAAUUGUUCUGAGCAAAGAUGAGAGAAAAUGCAUAUUCUUUAUCUUUUUACUGGUAGAAAAAUAAAUACAGCAACUUUUCAAUCAAAAAUAAGCCUCAUGAAGAGAUAAAAGCAGAAAUUGUUACAUUGUUUAGAUUAAAAAAGCCUGGCAUUUCUUUUUACUGUAUUAUGUGCGAUUAAUGACUGAUUUUUCAGUAUUUAAAGCUAUAUUUCUACUGUGUUAUGUUAUUAUAAUUUAUUAAUGCACUAAAGGGUAUUAAUUCAUAUUUUGACCACUUUUUGGUAAUUAACUCGAUUGGUAAGUGACAUUGAUAAUGUAUCAAUUGCUUCCUUUUUGUUACUUCAAAAAUAUAACACAGAAAUAAGUUUUCAAAUUUUUCAUGAAAAUUAGCAUGAAUCUAGAGGCUUGCUGCUUUAAAGUACAUUAAUGAUUUUUAGAUCUAAGGCAACAUAUAGUUCUUUUGGGUUUUUUUUGUACCCAAAAUUGUUGCAAAAGCUUAAAGUAAGUUCAAUUUGCUUUAAAAGUUGAAGUGACUUUUAUUGAGUGGAAUCACAUGUGAACUGUAUAUAUCAGUGUAUAAAAUUGGUAAUAGUGAACAAUAACUGUAACACAAGUUAUUUUGAAUGAAACUAAUCUUUUGUGAAAAGACACAACAAUGUUAAAUAAUAUUACUUUAGUAUUCUUUGCAUUACCAAAG